AUGGAUCAAAAUAAUAAUAGUAUUGACUUUAAAAGAUUAUUAUCAUAUAUAAUGAGCAUAGAUGCUGAUUGUCAUUUAAUGUUAUCACAUGUAACACCAACAAAAGAAAUUGAAAAAUAUUGUGGACAAAAUCAAAUUAUGAAUGAUAUUGAUUGUGAAAUUCAAAAUGUUAUUUAUGAAAUUCGAAUAGAUGAAAAUUCUUUUGAAUAUUCUUGGGUAAUUGAAUUAACACCAAUUAUUGAACGUAAUUUAUCUGCUAGUGCACAUGCUUAUGAAUAUGUACUAAAUAUAAUUCAAAAUCUUAGUGAUCAUGAUAACAAACGUCCUCAUAAAAAAAAACGUUUAGAUGAAGAAACAACUAAAGAUGUGCAAGAUUUAUUUCGAAAAAAUGGUAUUCGACAAGAAUUUUCACAACAAGAACGACAAAGUUAUUAUAAUGUUUUUGAUUAUUCUCUUCGUGGAUUAAAAUUAGUUGAAAAUAGUUCAGAUUUAUUUGUAAUUUAUCGUACAUUAUCAUGGGAAUGGUCAGAUAGUUAUGUUACAAUGGCAACAUUACUUCAAGAUUAUGCACCAUUGAGUACAAUGGCUCAAGAAGAUGUUGAAAAAGACAUUAAAAUAUCUUGA